CGGCCGAGAUCGACCCGACGAGGAGGGGCCGCGCGUGGUCCGGCAGCAGCAGCGCGGACGACCAGGCAAGCUCGGUGGGGACGGCAGCGGCAGCAGCCAUGACCGGCAAUGGCAAGAAGGUUCGGCAUCGUGGGCAGUGGCCUGAUUGGUCGCAGCUGGGCGAUGCUGUUCGCCGGGGCCGGCUACCAAGUCAGUCUGUUCGAUGCCGUCGACUCGCAGAUUCCUGGAGCUCUCGAUGAUAUCCGUAGCCAGCUUGGCCGGAUGGAGAAGGACGGAGUGUUGAGAGGCGACCUGACUGCCGACCAGCAGCUUCAGCUCAUCACCGGAACCAAGGACCUGGCUGAGUGUGUGUCGGGGGCGGUGCACGUGCAGGAGUGCGUGCCGGAGCGGCUGGAGCUGAAGCAGCAGGUCUUCGAGCAGCUGGAUCAGCUUACAGAUGGCAGUACGGUGCUCAGCUCUUCCACCUCGUGCCUGGCGCCCUCCAAGUUCACGCAGACGCUGCAGCACCGCAGCAGCUGUCUGGUGGCCCACCCGGUGAACCCACCCUUUUACGUGCCUCUGGUGGAGCUGGUGCCGGCGCCCUGGACUGACCCGGAGGUGGUGAGGCGCACACGAGAGCUGAUGCUUGAGAUCGGUCAAGACCCCGUCACACUCGGCAAGGAGAUGCCGGGCUUUGCCCUCAACCGGAUCCAGUACGCCAUCCUGAACGAGUGCUGGCGUCUGAUAGCCGACGGCGUGUUAGAUGUACAAGACAUGGACACGGUGAUGAAGAGUGGCCUGGGGCCGCGCUACGCCUUCAUGGGACCACUGGAGACAGCCCACCUCAACGCUGAAGGCAUGGCCAACUACUGCGAUCGCUACGCCAAAGGGAUCUUCUCGGUGUCGGAGACGUUUGGUCCGGUGCCGAGGAUGGAAGGGAAGCUGGCGGAGGAGAUGCACACCCAGAUGACCCGAAUUGUGCCACUGGAGAAGCUGCAGGAGCGCCGAGCCUGGAGAGAUGCCCGCCUGGCAGCCCUGGCCAGGCUGAAGAAGGACAUGGACAGUGGCAAGUAAACGACCGCUCUCCCUCUGAGUCCCGCACAUGCCUCUGUCGACCGAGCUCGACUCGCCGCCAACAGUGGACACCAACGCUGACCCGCUACCUCUGCUCAUCAGUCUGAAACAGACUGUAUUACUUGGGACCCAUCGUGCUCCAGACAUGUGUGCAUUCAUUUGUUGGUUCCAACUGCUCUUAUUCGUGGCCAGCUGUCUGUAACCCGUGCCAGACUAAGCCAGGCCAGUAAACCGCUGAGCAGUCCCACAUGUAUGUUAGGCAUAUGUACCACCCCGGGACAAACGCCAACUGAUGGGCCGAAUAUGAUACGGGAGUUGAGUGAAACCAGUGAUGGACCGAGCACAGCCGUGGUUGGAUGUGUUUUGCGGCGAAACCUGCAUACAAUGCAUGCAAGCGA